CCGAUACACCGGUGGGUAAUCAAUCUCCCCCCCUUCUCUCUAGCCCUUCCUCCUCAGAAUCCUUGACCCAUACUCCUGUCCACCAAACUCAUCCUCCCUCUCUGAACCAUGACACCCACCCCACGCUCAAAAUUCAUGAUCGAAUCCUUCCUCGACAUCUUCGCCACUCAUCACGACCCUCACUAUUCACCAACCAACCGGGAUGGUCAUUCACCAACAGAAUGGGCCACCGCUCGACAGAAACGACUCAACUCCGACUCAACCCCAACCAAACGAACCAUCGAACCCUCCCCCUCACUCGGUCAACCCUCUGGCUCAUCCAACAGCCACACUAACUCCAGACUCACCAAGACCCCCGGGCAUGGCAUGUGGCGUCAAUCUGGUCCCUCCUCUGGCCGCGGAAAACGGGAAGAACCUGAAUGUUGGCUACAAGAAUUCAUCCAUCUCAAGGGGCAAAUCGUUCUCACAAACUCAUUAGACAAGAUCAAUGCACCCGGGAUCAUUCGAAAGGAAGCAGAUCUGAUCACCGAGUAUGAAACCCUGAAAUGUCUCAAGAUCUUAUUGAAUUCAAAGCAAGGCGCCAACGAUGCCAUCUCUCAUCCCGAAUCAAUAUACCAAAUCCUAUUCUCACUAGUCUCACCUCACCUACCCACACGCAAGACCGUUGCAGACAUCCUGACCUUCUUAUGUCACUGGGAGAAACCUCGGGGUCAUUCACACGUUUUGAAAGGCUUAGAUCAACUGGCAAACAUGAGGACGACCGGUGGGAAGACGAUUGGGGAGACGAUGGCCAGAUUCGAUGCCUGGUUUGGUUCCUUCGAGCAGGUCAUCGACGGUCGAGGAAAGAUGGGCAGUCUGGUUGGCGCCAGUGAGGAACUCAGGAGUCUCAGAGGACAUAGUGCUACCACAUCUGUCCUCAAUCAAUAUGCGGAUAGUGUCGGAAGUAUGGUCUCCAACCUACCCUCCGCCAGCAGUCCGAUGGGACUCGAUGGGGCCUUGAACGAAUACGCACUGGCGAACCUGUUCUUGAUCACCUCUAUCAUCAGCAUCCCCGAGGAUGUCACCGUACGAGUCCAUCUCAGAAGUCAGAUGAACAGCUCCGGCCUCAAACGGAUCACCGACAAGUUGAGAAAGUUUCAGCAUAACUCGAUCGAACGUCAGUUGAACCAGAUCGAGGUCGAAGCCAUUCAAGAUGAGGAAGAGAUGCUGGAAAACUUCAACCACCGGCUCUUGAAUGACAUGACCAAUCCUCAGCAGCUCUUUGAUACCAUCAUAGAUACCUUGGAGGGCUCUCGUGCCAAAGAAUUCUUCAUCUCCAUGCUCCAGCAUCUCUUACUGAUCAAGGAAGACGGCGAAGGCCAGGUGAGGUUUUAUCAAUUGAUCGACCAACUAGUCACUUCGGUCGUCUUGGAUAGUAAAGCCUUGGACGAUGGUGGUGGGGGCGAUUUCAGUUCGAUGCUAGGAGUUAGUGUUGCGGCUGUCAUGUCAAAGUUUGCCGAUCAAGAUCAACUACAGAAUACGAUGUCUGAACUCCAGGAGGCCAAACGACAGGCCGAGAGAUUGAAGCGGGACAAGAACACUUUAGAGGAAGAACUGAUGGCCAAUCAGGAUAGUAAAGUGAAAGAACUCAAGCAGACCAACGAACAGAUCGAGCGCGCCCUAAAUAUCUCUCGGACGGCAACCGAAGCCUUACAGUCGAGGAUUGGCGAGAUGGAGAAACAACAUCGCUCACAAUUAACCCAACAGGAUUUACAGAUCAGAGAACUGUUUACGAUGCUGAAAGAGUCCAAGAAUCUAGAUGUUGUUCAAGAUGAUACAGGAAUCCUCGAUCGUCGAGAGUUGAUGGAUAUCAUGAACAAGAAACUUCAGAGAGAGAAAGCCAUCUUGACUCUCGAAGGAAGGAGUCAGGUUGGUGAGAAUGGUGGAUCGAGCCGUAACGAUGGAAAGAAAGGGAUGAGGAGGAGGAGGAAGAACUCGAUAGAAGAAGGAGAUGGCAAUGAUCGGCCGAAUGAUAGAGGAUUGGGAUCUCCGAUGCGGGAGAACUUUACGGUCGCUCACAAGCCGACGCACAAGACCAAAGAAUCUUUGUCCCGUUUUGAGGAUCCAGAUUCAGAGGACGAACCCCAAUUUGAGGCGACGAGUAAGGACACUGGUCUCUCACCAAUCUCCGAAGCCAGUUCACCCCGGCAUAGUACGCGGCGGAUCGUGCCGAAGCGAAGUCAAAACCUGGGCGCCCGAGCCAAGUCGGAAGAGAGAGAGAGUGAGAGCCAGAUGGGCUCGCCGGCUUCGCCGGGAGUCACUGAGAUCCUGCGGCACUAUCCGGGGUACACAGAUUCGCAGUCGACGAUCAAGCCGCCUCGACCGAUGAUCCCGUCGCAGAUCGGUCGCAAGCCGGCGUUGUAUCUGGGUGAGUUGAAGAUGCACCAGCUCCGCUCGGCCUCCGGGUCGACGAUGAAGUACGUCUCCACCGACGAGCCUGGGGAUCAACAGCAAUCUCCCGGCCAGUCUAUGGACGACUCAGACCAUCGCAACAAGCUUCUCCUCAGCCCUUCCAGUAAUUCUAUCUCUAACCUCCCCCCCGACCUCGAGAUCCUCAGACUCCAGAAAUCUUCUCGAAGGGCCUCCAAUCCUACCCCCCCUCCAUCGAAUGAGGAUAAAAACCAAGCCGGGAACCAGUCGGCCGGUGGUGGUGGGUCUGGUCCGGUGCUCAUUACAGUCCAGCCUCCAGCCGCCCCUGCUCCACCCCCACCGCCCCCACCACCACCACCACCACCACCCCCUCCUCCCCCUCCUCCACCCCCACCUCCUCCACCACCUCCGCCAUUGAAAUCGCAUCUUUCUGACACCGAUACUUUACGGGGCUUGAUCGGCAGCGACCUGGUCAAAGUCACUUCACCCACCGCGCCCAAGGCUCCUCCACCUCCACCACCUCCACCAGCUCCACCAGCUCCACCACCACCGAUGAUUCCUGGAGCGCCCAAACCACCAGGGGCACCUAAACCACCACCAGGACCACCACCACCACCAUCAAUGCUAAUGAAAGGACCUGGAAUUCCAAUGGCACCUAAUAACGGAUUACUGAUGAAUAGUAAGAAUCGUAAAGAAUUGGGGAUCUAUGCUUCCGCUAAACUUAAACAACUUCAAUGGGAAAAGAUUGGGAAAGACUCGAUCGAGAAAACCGUCUGGGCUUCGAACUUUAUCGACGAAUCUAAACUCCUCAUGUUGCUUAAAGAUGACGGCGUCUUUAUGGAAAUCGAGAAGGACUUUAAGGCUAAAGUCGCUAAGGCUAUCGGCGGGGCUAAGAAAAAGGAAGCGUUGAAGAGCGUGUUGGAGCCACGAGUUCGACAAAGAAUCGAGAUGAUUUUAUUGAAGCCGGGUGCGGAUCCGGAUAUGGGCGUCAGAGUCGCCGCCGUUAUCGAUAAGAUUCGCAGGUUCGAUGAGGAGUUUUGUACCCAAACUUUCUUGACUGAGUUGAAUGGAGUGAUUCCGGAUCCUACUCAAGUAGGAUUAUUGAAUCGACACAAGACCGAUUCAGAGGAAGAUCUGGCACUCUUACAUGCUGCCGAUCGGUUCCUGGUCGAGCUGAUCAAGUUCGAUAACCUCCAAUUGAGGGUCGAAGGCAUGCUGUGUCGCGCCCUGUUCGACGAGGCUUUCUCCAUCCUUGACGCUAAUACUUCUCAGUUUAAUCUCGCAACUACCGCUUUGCAAAACGCUCAUCACUUUUCUGGAUUACUUAAUUUGAUCUUGUUGUUGGGUAACUUCUUGAAUGGGAAUAAUUUCCAAGGAGGCGCGUUUGGGUUCCGCGUGAGCAGCAUCAAUCGAUUGGUGGAUACGAAAGCCACGCCAAGUGAGGAGGGAGGAGGCGUGGCUGCUCAAUUGGGCGACUUCACGUUGCUCCAUUUCGUCGAAAAAACCGUCUCGCAAUCGUUCCCUGAGGUGGCUGCGUUUCUGGAAGAGUUGGCUGAACCUGCAAACGCUUAUCGAAUUGAUCUACAAGCGAUUGUCAAGAACUUUAAAGAGUUGAGACAAGAAGUAGAGAAGACUCGACUAGCGUUAUACAACAAGUUUGAUCUAGAGAAUGUGGGUACGGAUGGAUACAAGCAAAGGAUGCCCAAGUUUGUCCGAGAGGCUGGCAACAAGCUGGCGAUCCUCAAGGACGAAAUCACCCUGGCUCAGAACUCCUACACCCAGAUCCUCAUGUAUUUCGGAGAGGAAACCGACGAACGGAAACAGAUGAACUCGAUGGCUUUCUUCGGCAUCUUUAAAACUUUCGUCACUUCCUAUAAAAAGGCUAGAGAUGAGAAUCGUAAAUGGAAUGAGGCUAGGAACGCGCGUCAGAAACGAUUAGAGAUUGAGCAGACUCGAAAAGCGGCCAAAGAAGCGACGGAUGCGGAUCCGGUAUUAGAAGACAUUCUGGCGAAGAUCCGGACGGGGACGUCGAGUCGAGCGCCGGUCCGACGCGGGCGAGGCGAGCGGGAACGGGUGACGUUGACGGGGACGGCGGAUGUCGGCGGGGCGGCUGCGAAGAUGUUGGCGUUGAUGAAGUCGGGGGCUGAGUCUGCUAUCUUCAAGGAUAUGGCGGCUGAAGGCUUUCAGAUCCCGGAUUCAGAGGCUAUCGAUGCUACCGCCGCUAGGCUCCAGGCCUCGAUCUCGUUGGAUCCCAAUUCCAUUAACCCGUCUUCUUCUGCAAGAGGGCCGCGAGACGGACGAGCCAAUAAUCCGUUGGCCUCGUUUGAUGAAGAUGAUGAAGAUCAAGAACAAGAACAAGAAGAAAAAGAGGAUGCUGCCAAAGAGCCCGGGUCUUGA